CAAGCUACCAAAAUAGAAGAAGAAGAGGCCGACCAAAAAUAAUCACAGCAGCAGAAGAAGAAACUAGCGUUAGCUGUAAUUUAUCCAAUGCCUAGCUAGCGUCGGUGCAGGUGUCAGAGAUAGUCUUAUGCUGCGAAAGAGAGCACAGGUCGUUUUAACCAGAUCGUGACAGAGACCGACAACAUGGAGAGACAGCUGCAUUUAAAUAUUUUAACCUCCAGACCUCCCAUGGCUGGAGGGUUGCAGUCCAGCUCCAAAAUGAAAAUGGGACCCGGACGGAAAAGGGAUUUCACCCCCCUGUCCUGGAGUCAGUACUUUGAAACUAUUGAAGACGUUGAGGUGGAAAAUGAAAAUGGCAAAGACAUUUUCAGAGCUUACUGCAGCGGCGCCCAUGGUCCCGUGCUGCUCCUGCUCCAUGGAGGAGGACACUCUGCUCUCUCCUGGGCCGUGUUCACUGCUGUAAUAUGCAGCAGGAUCAACUGCAGGGUGGUGGCUAUGGACCUUCGAGCUCAUGGCGACACCAAAGUGAAAAAUCCUGAUGAUCUCUCUGCGGACACGAUGGCCAAGGAUAUUGGCAAAGUGGUGGAGGUGCUCUAUGGAGAUAACCCUCCACCAAUCAUGAUCAUUGGGCACAGCAUGGGCGGGGCCAUUGCAGUUCACACAGCCGCUGCCAAUCACAUACCAUCCCUGCUCGGCCUCUGUGUCAUUGAUGUUGUGGAAGGUACAGCAAUGGAUGCUUUGAACAGUAUGCAGAACUUCCUCAGAAGUCGGCCAAAGACAUUUAAAUCUCUGGAAAAUGCCAUUGAGUGGAGUGUGAAAAGUGGCCAGAUCCGAAACAUCGAGUCAGCACGAGUGUCAAUGGGAGGCCAGGUGAAAAAAUGUGAGGAACCCCCCAGCCGUCCUGCUGUGUCUAAUAGCAUUGAUGGCAUUAUAGAAGAGGAAGAGGAUGAAGAGGUGGAGGAAGAAUCCAACAAGAAAAGGAUGAAGGAGGAUGACCAAGAGAUAAAAAAGGAAAGCAUUUUCACCUGGCGAGUGGAGCUGUCGAAGACGGAAAAAUACUGGGAAGGCUGGUUCAGAGGCCUCUCUGCCCUCUUCCUCACGUGUCCUAUGCCAAAAUUGCUUCUGCUCGCAGGAGUGGACAGGCUUGACAAAGACCUUACUAUUGGACAGAUGCAAGGGAAGUUUCAGAUGCAGGUCCUCCCUCAGUGUGGUCACGCUGUCCAUGAGGAUGCGCCUGAAAAAGUAGCAGAUGCUCUAGCAACAUUUAUGGUCAGGCACAAAUUCACUGAGUUUAAGGAAGGUUACCUGUGCUAACUUCCAGUUUUCGUCUAUAUAUAGCCAGCAGCCAUAGAAGAAAUGUUUCAAGAUACAUCGACAUCCCCGUACAAUUUAAGAGCAAAUUAAGGAAAAUAUACAAGCAUUAUUAUUAUUAUUAUUAUUAUUGCUUUUUGUCAUGUAGAUACUUUGCCUUCAGCUUCGCCUUAUUUUUUAUUUUAAAACACUGGGAUUUGAUUGUACCACUCCUUUACAAUUUAUUUUUUUAAGUAAUGCUCUCCUUGUUAAAUAAUGACAUUUUGAGUGCUUGCAUCAUUCUGACAUGUUUUCCAAAAGUGUGUGUAAUGUUUGAAAUAAAACGAUGAUUAAAGAUGGAUGCAGCACAUAUGUCACCCAUGCUUGUAUAUUCUGUGUGUGAAUUAAAAGAACAUCAUGAUCAUUUUAAA